AUGGCCGCCAAGUCGACUCCUCGUGGCCGCAUCCGCGAUGUUCUUCCGAACCUCCAUCUGGGAACAUGGCCGGCGGGCCCCAAGAACUCCAUCACUGACGUUCCCGGGGUCUUGGCCUCGACGCAAAGCAUCCACGCCGAGGAUGGGGUCAACACCGGCGUGACGGUCAUUCUCCCCCAUCGAGACUGGUUCAGGGAGGCCUGCUACGCCGGCAUAUUUAGCUUCAACGGCUCCGGGGAGAUGACGGGAUCCCAUUGGCUCGAGGAGACAGGCCUCCUCUCAAGUCCUAUCGUGCUCACCAACUCUUUCUCGGUCGGGGAUGCGUACCGCGGCAUAUACGAGUACGCCAUCAAGCAUCACUCCAACGACAAUGGCGAGGUGGACUGGUUCUUAUUGCCGGUGGUUGGCGAGACGUUUGACGGGUACCUGAAUAACAUCGCGAAGCUGGCCGUCAAAUCAUCCAACAUUGUCAAGGGGAUCGAGUCGGCGACUGACGCCCCUGUUCCCGAGGGCAAUACCGGCGGCGGCACGGGCAUGAUCUGUCACUACUUCAAGGGAGGAACCGGCUCCAGCAGUCGCCUUGUUGAGGGUCUCGACAGCGACGGCAACAAGAAAACCUACACCAUCGCCGCGCUCGUGCAGGCCAACUACGGAAGGGCGGCGCACCUGCGCAUCGGCGGCUUCCCCGUCGGCCGCAUACUCGAGAAGGAAAAGGCCGAGGCGCAAGCGGACGUGGCACGGCACAAGGACAAGAAGGACGGCUCUAUCAUUGUCGUUAUCGCCACCGACGCGCCUCUGUCGCCGACCCAGUGCAAAAGACUCGCCAAGAGGGCGACGGUGGGUCUGGCCAGAGUCGGCGGCUAUGGUCACAAUCCAUCUGGCGACAUCUUCCUCGCCUUCUCCACGGCCAACCAUAUCCCUGUGCAUACAGAUGUCGACCGUUUCAAGGCGAAAGCCCUGAAAACUGAGGCAAUUGAUGAUACCAGCAUCAACGGGCUCCUGGAAGCGGCGGCGGAUGCGACGGAAGAGAGCAUCUACAAUGUUCUGUGUUCAGCCGAGACGCUCACGGGUUUCUGUGGACACCAGAUUGAGGAGCUGCCUCUGAACCGGCUGAAGGAGAUCAUGAAGAAGUAUGACUCGUGA